UGACGAGCCCGAUUCUGUGUCGAACUCUUAGCUAGCGGGACUCGAAGCUUAGCAGGACACUCCUCCGCAAACUGACCAGAUCUUCCGCGGGUCAGCCUUGUCUCGCACCGCCCCGUCACCGAGGCUGGGUCCGGCUAGCCCAUAGCCCUGCAACCUGGAAGUCAGCGCUCAGCGCAGAAACAUUUGAUCAGCCGCCGUGCGAGAUCUACACUACAAAGCCGGGGAUAUCCUCGGCCCCGCCGGAGGCCUUGUAAACAAACCACCAGGGGGGCCAUAGCGCGAGAUGAACGGCCAUCCGCGCGCCGGCACACCAUCACUCCGUCUUACAGAGCCGAAAUCGAUGGUUGUCGACUGAUGGAGAUGGAUGCGGUGGGUGCUCAGAGUCGAGCUUCUCCAGGUCGACUAGUGCGAAUUACGAACCAAGUUGGGAUCAGCGAGGAUUGUAGACUUAUAUAAGGAAGGGCUUGCCGCCCGAUGAUCAUGCCUCUCUCAGAACCAGCAGCAGCAUCUCACAAUCAUCACCACUUAUCAACUCCUCCAGAUCCUCCAGCGGCUCUCUCAAACUCAACCUGUCCGGCCGCCCCUUGAUUGUCCCUUCUCUGAAUCAACGAACCACCUCCUUCAGAGCUCUCACCAUGAAGUUCGCCGCCCUCGCCGCCCUUGCCUCUGCCGUGGCUUCCGCCAACGCCUACGCCAUCACCGGCGAUACCGUCAACUGCCGCUCCGGCCCGGGGACCAACUACGCGGUCAAGAAGACGUACGCCAAGGGCCACGACGUGACCCUCAGCUGCCAGACCUCGGGCACCACCGUGAACGGCAACAGCAUCUGGGACAAGACGUCGGACGGCUGCUACGUGUCCGACUACUACGUCAAGACGGGCAGCAACAGCUAUGUGACCAAGAAGUGCAGCGACACGACUACCUGCGCCGCGCCCAAGUCGAACCAGGCGACCGUCAACCUAAUUGCCGAAUAUGAGGGCUUCGUCGACCAUGUCUACACCGACGCCACGGGCCACCCGACCGUCGGCUACGGCCAUCUCUGCUCCAACUCCAAGUGCUCCGACGUCCCGUACCACAUCCCGCUGUCCCAGGCCGACGGCAAGAAGCUGCUGGCCGACGACAUGAAGAAAUACGAAAAGUGCAUCACGGCCAUGCUGACCAGCAAGGCGGUCGUCAACCUGAACCAGUAUGGCGCGCUGGUCAGCUGGGCCUUCAACAUGGGCUGCGGCGCGGCCGAGUCGUCGACGCUGGUCAAGCGGCUCAACGCCGGCGAGAACGUCAACACGGUCCUGUCCCAGGAGCUGCCCAAGUGGGUGCACGGCGACGGCAAGGUGCUUCCCGGCCUCGUGCGCCGCCGCAACGCCGAGAUCGCGCUGGCCAAGACGCCCACCUCGGACAAGGCGCUGCCUGUGAAGUGCUGAGCUGUGCGUGGUAGAGUGAUGAGGGGUGUGGGAGGCUAGUUCAUGGGGAUCGAGAGGCAAGUGUUUCCAUUGGGAAGA